GCAAAACGUACAUCCGGCACCCUUCUUCGUCUCUUCCUCCCGGUAGUUCUCCUUCGGCUCGUCCACAGUGGUCUCCUGAAGUUUUCGGCGCCUGUUAUCAAGGUCCUGCACCAUGUCCAUUGUUAAGAUCCACGCCAGAGAGAUCUUCGAUUCUCGUGGAAACCCCACGGUAGAGGUUGACCUUUACACUGACAAAGGCUUGUUUAGGGCUGCCGUACCAAGCGGGGCAUCUACUGGAAUCUAUGAAGCCUUGGAGCUCAGGGACAAUGACAAGUCUCGCUUCCUUGGAAAAGGAGUUUCCCAGGCUGUAGAACACAUUAAUUCAACUAUUGCUCCUGCACUUGUUGGCCAAGAUGUGUCUGUGGUUGAGCAAGAGAGAAUUGACCAGAUGAUGAUCGACAUGGAUGGCACAGAGAACAAAUCCAAGUUUGGAGCAAAUGCCAUUCUGGGUGUGUCUCUGGCUGUUUGCAAAGCUGGUGCAGCAGAGAAAGGAGUCCCCUUGUAUCGUCAUAUUGCUGACCUCGCAGGAAACCCAGAAGUCAUCUUGCCUGUACCGGCCUUCAACGUGAUCAAUGGCGGCUCUCAUGCAGGCAACAAGCUUGCCAUGCAAGAGUUCAUGAUUCUGCCCAUUGGGGCUAGCACCUUCAAAGAAGCUAUGCGCAUUGGAGCCGAGGUCUACCACAAUCUCAAGAGUGUCAUCAAGAAGAAAUAUGGCCAGGAUGCCACUAAUGUGGGUGAUGAAGGUGGCUUUGCUCCAAAUAUUCUGGAAAAUCAGGAAGCUCUGGAGUUACUGAAGGAGGCCAUUGCCAAAGCAGGGUACACAGAUGAGGUUGUGAUUGGCAUGGAUGUGGCAGCAUCUGAAUUCUACAGGGAUGGAAAAUAUGACCUGGACUUCAAGUCGCCUGAUGACCCGAGUCGUUACAUCACUCCUGAUGAGUUGGCUGAUCUCUACAAGGGCUUCGUGAAGGAUUAUCCAGUGGUGUCCAUUGAGGAUCCAUUUGAUCAGGAUGACUGGGCAGCCUGGACCAACUUCACUGACAGCACAGACAUCCAGGUUGUUGGAGAUGAUCUGACUGUGACUAACCCUAAUCGCAUCAGCAAGGCUGUGGAGGAGAAGGCCUGCAACUGUCUGCUGCUUAAAGUCAAUCAGAUUGGCACAGUUACUGAAUCUAUGAGAGCGUGUAAGAUGGCCCAGGAGAAUGGUUGGGGUGUAAUGGUGAGCCAUCGCUCUGGUGAAACUGAAGACACCUUCAUUGGAGAUUUGGUGGUUGGGUUAUGUACUGGACAGAUCAAGACCGGGGCUCCCUGCCGCUCUGAGCGUUUGGCCAAAUACAACCAGAUUCUCAGAAUUGAAGAGGAGUUGGGAGACAAGGCUCGCUUUGCUGGGAAAAAUUUCAGAAACCCAGUGAUAGAGUAAAAAGAAAAGUAAAGCCUUUACUUCACAUACAAAUGGGUGCAUACAUAAAAAUGCACAAUAACAUUUGAUAGUUAAGGAAAAUACAAGGAUGAAUGUAGAACUACUCACAUACUACCUGGUGUAAUUAAUUGAUAGAGAACAAACUACCUGAACUCUGUCUCUACAAUAAAGUUUUCUUCUCUC